GCGGCGCCAUGGCAGCUCGUUGCCAGUGUGUUAGUACAGUAUUUACUUUUCAUGAGAAACAUUUUUUUCAUUUUUAUACCGUAAUGCGGAUCUUCUGAAUUAACCAAUACAAACGUAUGUUUUCACGAGUCGUGUUUAAAAUAAUAACACAGCAUGCUGGAGAGGAAGCCACCUACAAAUAUCGGACCUCAGCUGUGAUGCCUCCAACCAUGACCCUUAUCAGCGAUCCAAAGAUUGCGUUUGCCUACCUGCGUCCAGCUUGUGUCCUUCUGACCCGCGAGCCGACCUUCAACAAUGUCAAGACAUUGCGCGCUCAGUUAAAGGAGGUCGACGAUGCCACCCUGCAGCAGCUCCAAGAGUACGUCCUCUUCCCGCUCCGCCUUGUGCUCAAAGUCCCCGGGCCCAAAAAGGACAAACUGGUGCAAUCCGUGGUUGAAGCUAUGAAUAGUGUGCUGGAGAACACCUGUGUUCAGAGCUGGCAGACCCUCCACGAGCUCUUCUCAGAGCUCUGCCUCUGCCUGUGUUCCCCAGACAAUCCUGGGAAACCAGCAGAUACAUCCGAGGAGCUGAAAUUAGCAGCGCUGGGAUGCCUGGACGCCUUGCUUCAUGCAGCGUAUGGAGAUAUUGUCUUCAAAUUUUUCGAAGCCACUAUGCUGCCUGAGCUUGGAGCUGCCGUUUCACUGCUGCUCACUUUAGCAGAGAAGGAGAAAUCCAGACAUGUUCAAAUAGCCGCCUUGAAGUUCCUGCAGGCUUUGACUCUGCAGUGUGACUGCAGUGAGGAUCAUGUCGUACACACCUUAGAGGAGCGGGAGGCUGUCGGCAAGCCCAUGGCUUCAUUCUUACCCGGAAUUACAAUGGCAGUUGCAAGGAUCAUUACAGGAGAUGUAAGACAAGGCCACGGAGUCACAGUUAGGGCCAUCAAGGUUUGGUCUAGGACUGUCGGUCUCGUCAUGGAAGAUGCUCAGCUUCAGUCUAAUAAGCCAUGCAAGCGGCCCUCAGCGGACCCGGGGAAGAUUGGGCAGCUGAUGGUCAGUCGCACACAGGACUGGGUAAAGGACACGUCGGAAAAGCUGUGCAUGCUCCUGAAGAAGAUCGUCUCGAGCACGGCGGCGCAUCGGCACUGGAGGGUUCGACUGGAGCUGUUGGAGCUGGCUGAGCACCUGCUGGACACGUGUAGUCAGUCUUUGGGCGAGUGUGCUGGGCUGCUUCUGGAGGCACUGGUGGGAGCAAUUAAUGAUGAGGAGCCCAGAGUCAAACAGAGGUGCGAGGUUGCGCUCAGGAAGGCUUCCGAGAAAAAUCAGAUGCCUGUCAACGCGGAAAAUAUCAAAUGUAAAAAUAGCUCUCAGACCUUCACUGACAUCCUUUCAGAAAAUCUCCACUCUUUGGCCACUUCGCUGCCCAGACUGAUGCGGACCUCUGAUGACCAGAAGAAGCUGUUUGUCCUUAAUGUCUUCCUGGGUUAUUUAAAGCUCCUAGGACGUCUGGUCUCGGUGGUGCUGAACUCAGCGGUGCAUCUCGAGAGGAUUUCUAAAGCGCUGAUGCAGGUGCUGGAGUUGGACGUCACAGAUGUCCGUAUUGUAGAAGAACGAGGUCACGGUGCUUCAUUGGAAACAAGCUCAGGUUCCCAUCACUCCGCUCACAUUCGGAGGAAGCAUUUUCUCUUCUUUACAGAUGAGAAGAUUUUUUUUGUGCUCACAGAGAUCUCUCGGACAUUGGGUUACUACGGCAACAUUUUUCUGCUGACGGACCUCUUCUUGGAUCUGUACCGCCAGUCCUCAGCGUACAGGAAGCAGGCCGCCAUGGUUCUCAAUGAAAUCAUCAGAGGCGCGGCUGGCAUCGCUGUCACCGCAGAGGGAAAGCGCUCAGGGGGUGAAGUCGGAGGAGCCCCUCUCUCCCAGGAAGACCUUAAAGCAGCUGUGAUGCUCGUCAUGGAGGAAUACAUCAGUCCAAACAACUGGCACUUGGUCACAGUCAAUGAAGAGACUCACAGAGAUCGACAGCUGCUGAGGCCGCCCAUUCUCCUCUCCAUAUCCAACGCUCGUGGCGUCCCUUCCUCCUGUGCCUCCUCGCACGCCUCAACGAUCCACCAGCUCAACAGUAACAUCUGGCAACUGUGCAUCCAGCUGGAGGGCGUGGCCUGCUUCGCUCAGGCCCUGGGAGACAACUUCCGUCCCCUGCUGAUGACAUCACUGUACCCCGUGCUUGAGAAAGCAGGGGAGGAAACGCUUCUGAUCAGCCAAGCGGCGCUGGACUCCAUGUGGGACAUCAGCAAGGCCUGUGCUUACUUGUCUCUGAAAGAGCUGAUUCAUGAGAACGCCGACUAUCUACUCAAUGACAUCUCGCUUAACCUGCAGAGGCUCAGCCAGCAUCCUCAGGCUCCACGGGUGCUGGCUGUGAUGCUGACCCACUCUGACGUCACUUUGCUGCCGCUGGUCCGAGACAUCAUCCGGGACGUGCUCAUGGCGCUCGACCUCAGCUACGAUCACACUGCCGCUCUCUUCUGCUCUGUGCUGCACGCACUCAUGAAGGCGCUCGCGAGGUGGUUUCCCUUGACCUCUAACACAACCAAAGAGUCCGCCCGGUCCAAGCAGACCUCCACCGACCAAGAAGUCUUCAACGUCCACCAGUUCCUGCUGGACUACCGCAAACAAAAAGAGCUGGCGGAAGGCACUGGAAUAGAAGAAGAGGACGUUGACGAUCUCGACGUUCCUCCCGCCGCAGGCUUUGAGGAAGAGGAUGACGCCGGUGGUCCUGACGUGAAAGCGGAACUUCCCACCCACCUCAGCAUCACCAAAGAUGUUAUGGAGCGCUGCAUUCAUCUGCUGUCUGACUCAAAUCUUUGCCUCCGGCUUAAGGUGCUGGAUGUACUGGAGCUGUGCGUUAGUGUGCUGAGUGAGAAGGAAGACGAAUUGUUACCCAUGGCCCAUCGCUGCUGGCCCGCCGUCGUGCAGAGACUGACAGCUGAUGACCCGCUCGUCGUCCUCCGAGCUUUUAGGGUUUUGUGCACUUUGGGUCGUACUUGCGGGGACUUCCUGAGGAGGAGGGUCUCCAAGGAGAUUUUGCCGAAGCUGAGCUCAUCUCUGGCUCAUCAGGCUCCCGUCAGCGCCAAAGCCGGACCCGUCUACACGCACACUCUGGCCUACAAACUGCAGCUGGCGGUACUUGAGGGACUGGGCUCACUGUGCCAGAGCUUGGACCUUGCUGAAGCGGACUUAGAUGUUGUUUGUGAAGCUUGCCUGCCCUACCUGAGCUGCAGACAACCCGUCGGACUGCAACAGGCCUGCUUGAGUGUUUUCCACCACUUGAUCCAGGUGGACCCCGAUACCUUCUGGUUAACGUUGAACGAGUUACACUGCCCGUCCUCCUUCGUCCCGCCGCACCCCGACCUGCAGCCCGUGCGACUGAGCGGGAUGGGACGCCCCAGAGACGAGUACUCGGACAACGUGCUCACACUGCUGCGGGAGGAGUUUGGCCAAUCGGGUGAUGAAUAGAGUUGUUGAUGGAUUGUGACUAAAUGCACACCUGAUGGACAAUGCAGUUACGAAGAUCAUAGGUACAUACUUGUACAGAUUUUGUAGAUAUUUUCACAAAAGCUCUUAUUUUAUAUGACUUUCCAGGUAACCUUCUGAUAUUAUGAAUGUGGCACAUUUCUUUUUUUUUUUUUUUUGUAAUCCACCCUCCUCAUUAUGAUUUCAAGUACUUGUUGUGUUACUUAGGUACUGCAAUAUCAUGUUUUCCAAUUUGUUAAAUGUGAGCACUGCGCAUGCAGAAUAAAUGUCU